CCACUUACUUGAGCUCAUGGCUACCGGGGAGGUUCGCUACUGUUCCAGGUUCCCCUACCUGUGCCUGAAGUUUACCCUCAUCGCAUACAGCACCAUUUUCUGGAUGAUCGGUGCUGUGGUCCUGGCUGUCGGGAUAUAUGCGGAAGUGGAGAGGCAGAAGUACAAAACGCUUCAAGGCGCCUUCUUGGCUCCAGCUAUCAUCCUCAUCCUCCUAGGAAUUCUUAUGUUUGUAGUGUCCUUCAUUGGAGUCCUGGCCUCUCUGCGGGACAAUCUGUGCCUUCUUCAAUCGUUCAUGUACAUACUGGGGCUCUGCCUUCUCCUGGAGCUCAUUGGUGGGGUCGUCGCCCUGAUCUUCAGACACCAGACCAUGGAUUUCCUGAACAGCAAUAUUCGCCGGGGUAUACGGAAUUAUUACGACGACCUGGACUUUAAAAACAUAAUGGACUUUGUGCAGAAUCAGUUCAAGUGUUGUGGAGGAGAGGAGUACAUGGACUGGGAAAAGAACGAGUACCACUCUUGUACAGCUCCAGGGCCUCUUGCAUGCGGUGUUCCCUACACGUGUUGCAUUGCUAACAAGACGGCUGUGACGAACACAUUGUGUGGAUACCAAGCCAUGAAGUAUAGUAGACAGGAAGCCCAGAAGUUCAUCCAUGUCAGAGGCUGUACAAACGCUGUCAUUCUGUGGUUUCUGGACAAUUACACCAUCAUGGCCGGAGUAUUGCUCGGAAUUCUUCUUCCACAGUUCCUUGGAGUCCUUCUCUCCCUCCUCUAUAUCAGCCGUGUAGAAGACAUCAUCAGUGAAUGGAACAGUUCAGCUGAUGUCCUCCUAGAAAGGCACGAGAUUGAGUUCUCCAGUAAAGGUUGCUGCAGAUGUUAUCCAGGAAUAGAGUCUGAUGCCUGAGCCGAACUGUAUGCACCCACCCACUAACAACCACUAAACAUUAACUCUGAAGCUUGUCACGAGCAAACGUUGUCCACUCCAAGAAGAUAAAGUUGGAUUAAUGAAUGGGUUCUUGGCAUUUACUGGCAUUCUUCAGGGAGUCCCAGGUGACCUUCAGAGAACUGUCUGGUGCCUAGUGACUGCUAUAGCGGAUCAUCACUGUAUUGUUUCUC